GUCAGAGGACACUGACUGAGAAGAGCCUUCACCUCCUUUCUUCAGUAUUCGCCGUCCCUCUCCUCCCCGACGUCCCCGUCGCUCGCCUCGCCUCGCCUCCCGCAGAUCAAAACCCUAGCAAACCCCUCCUCCCUCGCGGCCGGUCGACCGGCAAUGGCUUCCGCCGCGCUCGGGACUCAGGUUGCUGCAACGGCCUUGGCGCCCGUCGGCUCGGACGGUUUCCUCAACGGUUCUUCGCUUAAGGGUAACAAUAAUCUAAACUUUCGGAGCAAACCGUGGAUCAGGAGAACUUUAGCAUGGGAAAAGACCCAGCAAUCAAGGCAUUUAAACAAGGUCUUCUGCAUGUCUGUUCAACUUGCAAGCAAAAGCAAAGUUGCUGUUAAACCUGUUGAAUUGGAGAAUGCGAAGGAGCCACCACUCAACUUAUACAAGCCAAAGGAACCAUACACUGCAACAAUUGUCUCAGUUGAGAGGCUUGUAGGCCCUAAAGCUCCUGGUGAAAUAUGCCACAUUGUCAUUGACCAUGGCGGUAAUGUUCCAUACUGGGAAGGACAGAGUUAUGGUGUCAUUCCUCCGGGAGAGAAUCCGAAGAAACCUGGGUCUCCAAAUACCGUUAGGCUCUAUUCUAUUGCUUCUACUAGGUAUGGUGAUUCUUUUGAUGGAAAGACAGCAAGCUUAUGUGUUCGCCGUGCUGUUUAUUAUGAUCCUGAAACUGGAAAGGAAGACCCCUCAAAGAAGGGUAUCUGCAGUAACUUCCUGUGUGACUCAAAACCAGGGGAUAAAGUUCAGAUCACAGGCCCCUCAGGCAAAAUUCUGCUUCUUCCGGAGGAUGAUCCAAAUGCAACUCAUAUCAUGAUUGCCACUGGCACUGGUGUUGCUCCUUACCGUGGCUACCUACGUCGUAUGUUCAUGGAAGAUGUCCCAGCUUACAAAUUUGGCGGUCUGGCAUGGCUCUUCCUUGGUGUUGCUAACUCUGACAGCCUCCUCUAUGAUGAAGAAUUCACUACCUACCUUCAGCAGUAUCCAGACAAUUUCAGGUAUGACAAAGCACUAAGCAGAGAGCAGAAGAAUAAGAGUGGUGGCAAGAUGUAUGUUCAGGACAAGAUUGAGGAGUACAGCGACGAAAUCUUCAAGCUCCUGGACGGAGGUGCACACAUCUACUUUUGCGGUUUGAAGGGGAUGAUGCCUGGAAUCCAGGACACGCUCAAGAGGGUGGCCGAGCAGAGAGGAGAGAGCUGGGACCAGAAGCUGUCACAGCUGAAAAAGAACAAGCAGUGGCACGUGGAGGUUUACUAGGUUAUGAAAUACCACAGAUUACGAUUUGUUCACGAUGAGGUGAGAAACUGGGCAUAAAUUGAACAAUUCUUGUUGCGAUGUAAAAUUGUAGAUUUUAUUCAUAAGCUUCUGCUCCAAACAGUGAAUAAAACGAAGCACAUGCCUUUGAGUUGGUUUUACCAUUUAUUGGAGAGCACUCAGUGUCCCAGUUUUUCUUGCUCA